GGGUGAUGCUGAGCGCUGCCUGCUCAGACAACAGACACGCGAGGUCAGGAAGAAGCCGCUUAUAAAUUACCGCUUCCUCCGCGCAGCCGCCAGCGCCGAGCUCCGGGCCCGGCCGCAGCCCCGCUCGCCGGCCAGCGCCGAGCCCCGAGGACCGCGAGCCCGGCCGCCGAGCCCCGCCGAGGAGGAGCGGAGCGCGCACGCCGCGGGCCGGAGACCCAGCGGGCGGGCAGUCCCCGGCGCGUGGAACCGAGCGCAGCCGAGCGCAGCGCCGCGGCCACCCCAGAGAGCAAGGAGAUGGCCACCAAGGAGAAGCUGCAGUGUCUGAAAGACUUCCACAAGGACAUCCUGAAGCCGUCGCCAGGGAAGAGCCCGGGCACGCGGCCUGAGGACGAGGCCGAGGGGAAGCCCCCACAGAGGGAGAAGUGGUCCAGCAAGAUCGACUUUGUGCUCUCUGUGGCUGGCGGCUUCGUCGGCUUGGGCAACGUCUGGCGUUUCCCAUACCUCUGCUACAAAAACGGUGGAGGUGCAUUUCUCAUCCCGUAUUUUAUUUUCCUGUUUGGGGGCGGUCUGCCUGUGUUUUUCCUGGAGGUAAUCAUAGGCCAGUACACCUCUGAAGGGGGCAUCACCUGCUGGGAAAAGAUCUGCCCCUUGUUCUCUGGCAUCGGCUAUGCCUCCAUCGUGAUCGUGUCCCUCCUGAAUAUAUACUACAUUGUCAUCCUGGCCUGGGCCACAUACUACCUGUUCCAGUCCUUCCAGUCGGAGCUGCCCUGGGCGCACUGCAACCACAGCUGGAACACGCCCCAGUGCCUGGAGGACACUUUGCGCAAGAACAAGAGCCUGUGGGACAGCCUCAACACCAGCAACUUCACCUCCCCUGUCACCGAGUUCUGGGAGCGCAACGUGCUCAGCUUGUCCUCUGGAAUUGACGACCCGGGCUCUCUGAAGUGGGACCUUGCUCUCUGUCUUCUCUUCGUCUGGCUGAUCUGUUUCUUCUGCAUCUGGAAGGGCGUCAAGUCCACGGGGAAAGUUGUCUACUUCACGGCCACUUUCCCGUUCGCCAUGCUCCUGGUGCUGCUCAUCCGGGGACUGACGCUGCCCGGCGCAGGCGCAGGCAUCAAGUUCUACCUGUACCCCGACAUCAGCCGCCUUGAGGACCCACAGGUAUGGAUCGAUGCUGGGACCCAAAUAUUCUUCUCCUAUGCCAUCUGCUUGGGGGCCAUGACCUCGCUGGGGAGCUACAACAAGUACAAGUACAACUCGUACAGGGACUGUAUGCUGCUGGGAUGCCUCAACAGUGGUACCAGUUUUGUGUCUGGCUUCGCAAUUUUUUCCAUCCUGGGCUUCAUGGCACAAGAGCAAGGGGUGGACAUUGCUGAUGUGGCUGAGUCAGGUCCUGGCCUGGCCUUCAUCGCCUACCCUAAAGCUGUGACCAUGAUGCCGCUGCCCACGUUUUGGUCCAUUCUCUUCUUUAUCAUGCUGCUCCUGCUUGGGCUGGACAGCCAGUUUGUUGAAGUCGAAGGACAGAUCACGUCCUUGGUUGAUCUUUACCCAUCCUUCCUAAGGAAGGGUUUCCGUCGGGAAAUCUUCAUCGCCUUCAUAUGUAGCAUCAGCUACCUGCUGGGGCUGACGAUGGUGACAGAGGGUGGCAUGUAUGUGUUUCAACUCUUUGACUACUAUGCAGCUAGUGGUGUAUGCCUUUUAUGGGUUGCAUUCUUUGAAUGUUUUGUUAUUGCCUGGAUAUAUGGCAGUGAUAACUUUUAUGAUGGUAUUGAGGACAUGAUCGGCUAUCGGCCUGGGCCCUGGAUGAAGUACAGCUGGGCCGUGGUCACUCCAGUCCUCUGUGUUGGAUGUUUUAUCUUCUCUCUCGUCAAGUACAUACCCCUGACCUACAACAAAGUCUACAUGUACCCUACCUGGGCCAUCGGGCUGGGCUGGAGCCUGGCCCUGUCUUCCAUGGUGUGUGUCCCCUUGGUCGUGGUCAUCCGCCUCUGCCAGACGAAAGGGCCAUUCCUUGUGAGACUCAAGUACCUGCUGACCCCCAGGGAACCCAACCGCUGGGCCGUGGAGCGCGAGGGGGCCACGCCCUACAACUCCCGCAGGGCCGUGAACGGGGCUCUCAUGAAACCCUCGCACAUCCUGGUGGAGACCAUGAUGUGAGCUCGUGGCCGCGUCGGGCCACUUUCCUGCUGUUUACUAACAUUAGAUGCCCGUAGGACGAGGUUUACAGAGCUUCAGAUUGCACUAGGAGUUUUUCUAAUUGUCACAGAAAAUGUGUGUGUGUGUGUGUGUGUGUGGUGUCAUGCGUACGUGUAUUUUGUUUUGAUUUGGGGAUAUUUUGUACAAAAAGAAAACCCACAGGCAGAUGUCGGGGGCGAGGCAGAGCCUUCAUACUGAAUUAGAUGUAUUUUAUAGGAACUUGGUAAAUUUUUCUUUGUAUUUUUUUUUACAUAUAACUGUAUAUACACUUAGAGAUUGUCAUACACUUUUACCACUUGAAUUGAUCCUGCCAGCAAUAGAUCUCAUUUUUAAAAGCAAUUCUUCGGUGCUUGUGUAGCUGGCAGAAAGUUCUGCCCCCAAAAAGUGCAGGGCGGACUUUUCCUGGGCCAACGGGCCCAUUUUAAAAGUGCGUAGCACCUUCCAAACGUGGUUCGAGUGGAAGCAAACAGCACCCACCAGCUGGCCAGACCCGGAGGGGCUGGAGAAAGGAGGCCGUGGGGAGACGCCUCGUCACUCUUGUCUUCGCCAAGAAGAGAGACGCCAAGCUAAUGAACCAGCCCCUCAAACACAAGGACCGACUCAAAGCUGACAGAUGAGGCCCCACAGCAACAGCCUGAUUCUAAGAGCCGCAGAAGCCGCUGCACCAGGAGCAAAACCCCACCUUGUGUUUUGAGGUGGACGGUGGAGGUUGGACAGUCAGCAGGACUGUCGGACGGACCGUCAGAGCCACUCAUGCAGAGGAGCAGCGAGAGCUCGAGAGGCUGGGGCGGGCGGGGCCGAGGUGGGAGCCCUCAGGCUGACCGCCCGGCCGCAGUCCUUCCUGGGCGGCCCCCAUGGAGACCUGAGCCGUCCGGCAGGAGCUGGCGGUCCCAGGGCUCCGAGCCUCGCGCAGAUGGUCUGUUGCAUCUUAGUGGGGUCCUGGCAGGUUCAGGCCAUUCCCCAGCUGACGUCUCUGGAGGCUGCCUGUCGGAAGGAACCAUGGCGUAUUUGUGAGGGACAGGAGGGGAGCGAGUGGACUGGAGGAUGCAGGCCAGGCGCACGGAGGGCCCGGGUCGGGAGGCGCCUUUUCUUUCCUCAUCUCUCCACUCAGCUCUGUCCUCAUCUCCCAGAGGCGGGGAAACUCCUGACAAGCUCUUGUUGAAGAUCCCGGCCCAGGGCCACCCUAGCGCCCAGCAGGGAGUGCCAGGAGCGGCUCUGGAUUCGGCUGACGCGCUCCCGUCGCUCUCCUCGCAGUUCAGGCACAAGCGCAGCCCUUGGUGGGGCCCUGGGAGAGAAGAGAGCUCUGCCUUUCACAGCCCUGCAGAGCUGGUGUCAGCUGUGCACUACGUGGGAGCCUGCAAGAGGAGGCGAGGGGGCAUUUUCUAGAAGGUUGGGGUUUUCAGGGGGCUGGCAGCCCAGACCUGGCUUGACCAAGAGCCUCACGUACAGCAGCGUUCCUCUGAACCAGGAGAGAAGGUGCCCCCCUUUAAAAGCCCCAGUACGGACACGCCCCGACCCCAGCUCCAUUGGGACUCCAACUGUGUCAUUUAGACAGUCACUUCCAAAUUCAGAGUCUCAACUACACCGAAACAUUGUCACACACAAACGGCACUGCCCGCCUCGCGGGGUGUGUGGAGUGAAGCCCCGCUCAGGUUUUCAGAGCGGGGGCUCUCUGGAUCCUGGGACCCCCUCCCCAAAUUCGGGAGGGGGAGGAGCCUUUAAUGUCCCCCUCUCAAGGGACAGAGGCAAUUCUGAACCUCUUGCUUUGGCAAGCAUUCACAUUUCACUGUUUCCAAGGCACAUCCUCUGCCGAACGGCACCCAGCCCUGGUCCAAACGAUUCAGUCCUGAUGUGUCCUGUCCCCGUGUAUCUGUGGUGCUGCUGUGUCUGAUUUGAUUUUAUUGGGUUUUUCCUGAGUAGCAAUGUGGCCUGUUUUCCUUUGUCUUACGGAACCUCAGUGAACUAACCGCUCUCAGGGGCUGGGGACAGGUGGCCUGUGGAGGCGAGGGGCGUCUGUGGCUGCCUGGGCAUCUGUGGUCGUUUCAGGCUCCACCAUCUCCCCUCCUGGGGCUUGGUCCCUGGUGAGAGGCUACAGUAUUGCGGGUUGGUGGGCAAAUGGCAACAUUCUGGAAAUGGCCCGGGGAAGGCCUCCUCUUAUGAGAGUCCCAGACCAAUUCUAGACCAAAGACACAUGCAGACCAGCUCCCCAGGCCUCGCCUGGAAGGAAGGUCAGCCACUUCACCCAAGCCCAUUCCUCGGCAAGCUCCUGGGGCACCUGUCUCCCCGGCGGCCUCUGGUCGAGUCCCCCAGCUCUGUGUCCGCAGAACUCGGCCCUGCGAGCACAGUGUGCGAGGCCGCGCGGCUUCUCCGUGUCCGCACGCAGAGCUCCCGACUCUGGUUCUCCUGUCUCUGGGGCCGUCCUCCGCCCGCUCCCCGCCUGGGAUGGGUCAGAAAUCCGGAGGCCGACACACAGCCCAGUCAGCCGGAUCUGGAAGGGGUGUGAGGGAGAUGUUUGGAGAAUUUUUUAGGAUGAGGAAAUGGCUAAGGGCCCCGGGAUAAAUCUCCCCCAGGGAGAUGCUUCGCUGAGCUGGGCGUGGACCGAGUUAAUCCCUGCAGUGGACAGGCCUCCAGGGCCCCCCAGCCAACGCCCUCAUUGUAAAAUGGGGAAACUGAGGCCUGGAGCAGGGAAGAGACUUUGGCACAGCGAGCUGGGAACGGAACCAGCCCCUCUCGGGUCACUUCCAGCUGCAGGGGCUCUGAGGCCUGUGUGGCGAGUGGCGAGUGCAGCUCCCUAGGUCUCUCCCUGAAGACCGAAGGCAAGCCUUGAUGAAACAGGAAACGUUCCAUCCCCUGCAGUCAGGGACAAGGUGAGCAGCACCCACCUCGGACCAUCCUCAGGGGCCAGCUGGACCCCAGGCUGUGGUUCCGUGGGGCAGGUAGCUGGCCUUCGGUCGGAGGGGCAGCGCCCAUUCACCGUGGCCCUGCACCCAGCAGCCCUCUGUGAUCUGGGCAUUGAGAGCCCUACUGCACAGGAGGAAACUGAGGCCCAGAGAAGCUGGCUGGUGUGCAAGAGGCAGAACGCCUUAGGCAGGAUUAGCCAGAGGCUAUGUGGGAAAUUCCCAGGAGCAGGAGGUGGCGUUGGAUGAGUUCUGGGGUCUACACAGCUCCCUCUCUGUACCUCUGGUCCCCUGUUCUCGCCCCAGAUCCCCAGCACACCCCCAGAGAUGGUGGUGAAGCACAAGACGAGAGCAGACCUGUCCCCCCACUGCACCCCGGCCUAGCACAGGGCGUCCUGUGUCACCCAGGUGCCACGCACAGUGGUCAGGGCCCAGGCAGCAUCACGGGAAGUGCUCUGGGCAGCCGGCGCUGAGGGCAGAGGCGCCUCCCUUCCCCCCAAGCCUCAGACGUAAGCCAGGAAAGGACCCAAGAGAAACCGCUCCAGGCAGCUAGAGGUUCGUCCAGCCCUCAGACCCAGGCCAGGCGGCCCCAGGCCAUCCGCACGGAUGUUUUAAAUACCGCUGUGCAGAAAUUCAACAAGCACAAGACCGCACAGCACACAAAACCCCGAUCCCAGAACUUGGCGUGGGUGCGGGCCCCGGGCCCGGGAGCAGCCUUCGCCCCCUCUCCAGCACCGGCCCUCAGACGCCCCUUGUUUUAUGGGAAGCUGCCUCUCCUUGUCCCCUGGGAGGUGUCGCUGCUGACCUGUCUGCCUGGUCCUUGAGGGAUGGGGCGUCUUGGGGUAUAUCUGGCUUCAAAUCGAGACGUUGGCUCCAUUUUUUUUACCCAGUUCAUUUUCCAGUCCCCAGCUACUGUGACUCUGUGUUUAGCACAAAACAAAGCUGAGAACGUGGGUCUUGCCUCCUUCCAGAAAUAUGUCUGGCACACCAGGACUUUUUAUUAAAACUUCAAAAUAUUUUUAAAAUAUUUUAAACUUUUGUAAAAAAAAAAAAAAAAGAAAACCAAAUCAACCAACCAGAGACUCUUCUGAGGAGGAACAUUUGUAUUUGAAUGAGAUCCUGGGCGUGUGAUUCAGUCUUGCGGUAGACAAGCUUUGUGUAUAAAUGUUUUAUGAUAUGAAUCCCUGUAUUUGCAGGGUUUUUCUCUUUGCUCAUUAGAUAAAUAUGUAUAUCGAUAUUUUAAAUUCAUCUUUGCUUUUUUUUAGAGGAGUUUGUAAUCACCUUAUAACAUGAAAAUAAACAUUUCCUUUGUAAAAUCCAA